CUUUUCCCGUAUUUGCACGGGUUGUACAACUCAAGCCAGCGCUCGUUCUUUGGCGAUGGCGAGGACCCCUCCCACUUGCUUCCCACCUUGACCAAGGACUUCUUCAACUUGAUGUUUCUCAAUGUAAGCAGCGAGUCUGGCAGCCGCCCGGACCUUAUCAACACCGUCGAUUUGUCGGAAUUGUUGGUCAAUGACUACGAAAUGUUCGAGAACAUUUGCUUGUCGUCCAAUACUUCAAACGAACUCAACAACCGCAAUUUCAAGGACCAAAUAAAGUUGAUGGCCUCAGUAUCUUCUUUCGUCAUCUACAAUUAUGACAAUUUGGAUACCUCUUCGAUUGCCGAGUUGAUCGAUUCCUUGAAAGGGAAUUCCAACUUGAUCUUCGUCAUGUAUGACAACAAAAUGAUUCGCUUGAUGAAACAAAUCGACUUGGAUGACUCAAAGUUAGAAAAUUUCAAAGCUUCUUCUUGCACCAACUCCAAAGGUAAGGAAGUAGCCAAGAACUCAAAAUUACUCAACUACGAACAAAACUUGAUUUGGAGACUUAAUUCAAUGAAAUGGAUCAUGAAUGAGAAGGUCUGUUUGGGAAAUAUUAUUGAUUUCAACAACUUAUCCAAUAAAAGUGACGAUCAAUUGGAUUCCAGAUCGCAGAAUGACUUCAAGUUAAUAAUUAACUGUCACGAAAAUGCCCAUUUUCCAUCCUUGAGUCUUCUUGAAACUAUUUUCGAUGAUCUAAAGUCACCGGUGAAUGACAACUCCUCGCACGCUUACUACUUGGAGUUUCCUAGUUCUGGUAGUUUUAAUCCAGAUAAGAUCAACUCCUUAGAAAUCUUGUCAUUCUUGAAUGUUUUAAAGUUGAUUUAUUUGUUGGUUGAAAACUUUGAUGAAAAGGUUUUCAUCUACUCCUUUGAUGGUUUCACCGGCUUGUCCUUGCUUACCAUCUGUGUCGAACAGCUCUUCAAGUCCGAGACAAUUGAAGACUCAAUUGUGUCGUUGCUUUCAGAUAGCUCGAAGAAUACAAAGUUGUACUAUUUCAAAACAGAUUUGAUCUUUUUAAAACAAUUUGAAAGGCUAGUCAACUAUUUGAAGCAUCACUCGUUAGAGGAUUUGGACUUUGUUUUUGGCUUGGAUUUCCAGGAUGUGAAUACAUUUCACUAUCAGUAUAUCCAGCAGAAAGCAAUAAUUAAGUAUGACUGGUUCAACUUGCAGAACGAUAAUAAUUUCCCAUCAAGAAUUUUACUGGACCUUUAUCUCGGUUCUUUGAAUCAUGCAAAUUCGAUAACUGUCUUGAAUUCAUUGAAUAUAUCUCGCUUGAUCUCUAUUGGUGAGUGUCCUUACUGGAAUAUUACUAUCAUAAAACCAAUUUAUGAGUUCAAUGACGGUGAAGCUAAGAUUUACGAAGUAAACUUCAACGAUUUCCCAAACAGAACCAGAAGCAAGCAUGUUCCAAAAUGUUUAGAAAGCUUGAUUUUUAUCCACAACUUGAAAGAUGAUGGUAAAGACUCAUUCCUCGAGCUCUUGAUACAGUGUCCUGAGGACAUUCAAUCAAAAGUUUUACUUGGAUCAAUUACCAGUGAAACCAAUCAAAAUGGUAACCAAAAACAAUCCCCUGUAUCUCUUAUUCACUGCAGAAUUGGAGUGUCCCGGUCUGCUUCGAUUGUUGUUGCUUCUUUGAUGAAAAAAUUCAGAACAAACUUGUUAACAUGUUACAUGUAUUUGAGGGUUCAAAGAUUUAAUAUCAUUAUUCAGCCAAAUUUGCGUUUGUUUCAUGAGUUGUAUAUGUAUGAAGAAUUUUUGGGCUUAAGAAACGAACACAACAGGGGAUACAACUGGGAAGUUUUGUGCAACGAGAUUUUCAAGUUGAACAACCACUAUAUUUAA